CAUGCAUGUUUAUGUCUUCCUUGGAAGUAUUAGUUUUUGUGAACCAUUGGAGCAAUGCAAUUCGAAAUGGUCAACAGAAUGUACACUUUGCCAGCUUUGCUCAUCCUUUUUGUCACUGUGCAUGGGUUUCCAGAGGAAGAGAAUUAUGAUCCAGAAAACCGCUUGUUUGGUGGUGAUAUGAUGCUUACACCAGAGCAAAGGAUUUUAGUGGAAACAGGAGGAGACAUCAGCCUUGCUGGUGCAGCUAAAUCUCGAGCAACCAUGAAAAAUGUCAGCAUACUGUGGUUCCCUAACAAUAAAGUAGUACCGUACAACAUUCUUCCUGAACUAGAAAACGAAGCCAAGGCAACCUUAGGAAUCAUGUUGGCAUUUCGUGAAUGGGAAGAAAGGUCCUGUUUGACGUUUAAAAGAAGAACAACAGAAGAGGAUUACAUCGAAUUUUUUAAGGAGAGCGGAUGUUGGAGUUACGUUGGACGACAAGGUGGCGCUCAAAAUAUUUCUUUGGGUGAUGGAUGUUGGGGAAAAGGAACAGUGGUACACGAGAUAGGGCACGCUAUGGGGUUCGGGCACGAGCAAAACCGUCCUGAUAGAGAUAACUAUAUUACCAUAAGAUGGGAAAAUAUACCUGAAAAGAAGAAGCACAAUUUCGAAAAGUACAGCGACAAGAAAGUGGACAGUUUAAAUUCGCCAUACGAUUACAAAAGUUUUAUGCAAUAUUCAAAAACAUCCUUUGGUAUCAAUGACUCGAUUACCUUAGACCCGAAAGAUCCGAAUGUUUUCCAACUUGGACAGCGCCUUGGUUUCACAGAAAGAGAUCAAUAUCAAGCCAUGGCGCUUUACCAAUGCAAUGGAAAAACAACAAGAACAGCUGAAGCACCCAAAACCUACACACCAACAGGUGACGACGUGUGCGAUUUUGAGAAUGGAAAGUGCCAUUAUAUGCAAGAUAAAACUGACGAUUUCGAUUGGUCACAACGAUAUGGAGAAUCACCAUCCGGCUCUACUGGUCCUGAAACAGAUCACACCACUGGAAGAUUAGGGACUUAUUUGUAUAUCGAGGCAUCACUACCAAGAAAGAAAGGUGACGUAGCAAGGUUAAAAUCAAAGUUUUUUGCUGCUACUUCACAGAAAAAAUGUUUAACCUUUUUUUACCACAUGUUCUCCGUAAAUAAAACCAUGAUGGGGAAUUUUAAUGUACACCUCAGAGAUGGAAAAGGAAAGCAUGUAAUAUUUCAAAAAGUUGGAUCAAGGAAUGUUAAUGAAUGGAUUGAGGGCAAAAUUAACUUUACACCAACCGGAAAACAUCAGAUUAUUUUUGAAGCUAUUCGCGGUUCUGGUUACCAAGGUGAUAUUGCAUUAGAUGAUGUCAGCAUUUCGACAGGACCAUGUGUUGUAACGUCCAGUAAUACAAUGAACAACUCUCAGGACGGUGCUUGCAUUGACGUAAAUGACCGGGAAGCUCAAUAUUGCACUCAGUGGAAAGAUGCGGGCUAUUGCAGCACGAAAGCAAAGGAGAUGAAAAAGUUUUGUAAAAAAACAUGUUCUUUUUGUCGUUGAUAGAAUAUAUAUGAAACCUAAA